GAAGCUAUAGUUUUUGCAAUUAUAAAGCUUGUUAAUAUUACUUCUAUAGCUUUAGAGUUGACUAAUGGGUCCAAACUAACUACUGAUACUAAAAGCCUUUUAAUAUAUUUGCCAAAUUAUACUGCUAGUCCAAAUAUUGCAGUAUCUAAUCAAAUAUAA